UAGAAACUGUUUGGGCAAUUAACAUUGAAGCACGGGAUCUAAAAAUAAUGCCAGGGAGAGAUUAUUAAUUACCAACAUUUUUGGUUCGGACCAUUUGGUAUAAUACCUACCUGACUACCGGUGAUUCGGUUUUUAGUUCGUCGUACGAGCCCCAAUCGAAAUGGACGGUACAUUGUGUUUCGAAGUGCUCCUCUAUCUCAACUCAUUCUAUUUCUUAUUGUUUGUUUUCGCCGAAUUUGUUAUCGUUUUAGCUAAAUACACCAGCGAAGAGUUUUACACGCCCAACAUCGAUUUAGAUGCCGCCGUUUUGUGCAUCAUUUUACUUGCAGAAACUAUUAAGUUAAUUAUGUUUAGGAAAAUACGAGAUACUAAACCAGGUUUAUCAACAUUUUUAGCAAUAACUUUAUCAAUGAUAUCAACAGCUGGUUUAGUGUAUGUUUUAGUGAUUCAACACCCUGUAUUAAAAAUGGAAUACAUGGUGUGCGGGGUAAUGUUAGCGCUGUUAAUUGGGGUCUUAAUGUAUGGAUUUUUACAAUUUACACCUUGUUGUAAAAAGAAACAAAACGUAUGAAUUAAAUUUACAAGAAUUUUGCA